CUCACAAUUUUGACCUAUCCAAGUCUGAUGAGCUUCCCACAUGCUUUGGGCCAGGAAACAGGCAAAGAAAGCUGCUGAGCGUGCCCAAGCCAGUGAGGAUAGGCUCAUGGCAGAAAUCCAGAAGCUCAAAAAAACUUUGAAGCCAAGUUCUGAGCCUGUUACUCCAGCUAAGCUACCUGCGACACGUGCCUGUGAGCAACUCACGCCAAAGGCCCAGUCUCAUCUCAAGACCUUGCUGUCUUUCAUGUCAGAUGGAGAGGUGACGCCACUGGUGGAUGUGGGAAAGGUGCAUACAUGGCUUGAUAUCGAAGAUCAGCUUAAUGGAAAAACUUUGCCCGUCUUGAAGCAGUUUUUGUCUACCAGGAUUCCAGAGCCUGAGAUUCCAAGUAGGAAAGAUCCAAAAAGUGCUGCAGCUGGCAAGGGAUGCCUUGCCUUGCUGAAGGUGCCGGAUGCAAUGGCUGGCCUUGACGCUGGGAGUGGCUUUGGGUUUCCUGCUGUGCUGGUGCGUGUGUCCUUCGCACACGCCAUGGGAAUGCGGCAGCAUGUGGCCCCCAGCGGCAUGCAGUUUCUGGCGUUGGUGGAAUGCUUGGUACAUUUUGGCUGUCACAGAGCGGGAUUUCACUGCUUUGAUGGAUGCUUUUACUGGCGCCCAUCUCGUGUCCCAACUGAGCUUAGUGAGCGUGAGUGCGGUCUCACUAGUGGCGCUCAAGUUUGGCCAGCAGUUUUCCCAUGCGGUUGAGGCUGUGUUGCAGUCUCCUAGGGUCCGUGGCAGUUUGCACCUCCAGUCAUAAGCUGCAUUGGUGUUAUUUUUCUUGUCCCAUUUUUUGUGCUGGUUACGUGAUGGGAGCAGUGAAGCAGGAGCAAAUUUGAAUUUGCACUUGCUGAGGGUUUCCCUUGGAUGUGAUUCCACUUGAUUUGUUUUUGAGUUUUUGGAAGAGUUGUUUCAUGUCUUCUGGACGGAGUGUUGCGAUGCCAUACUUUUUCCAUGUCUUGUCCUCCUGCCAACUAAGGUGCCAGAAGGUGGAUCUUUUGAAGUGUUCUGGUUUUUCUUUUUGUUUGUUGGUUUUUCGAUUGUUCUUGGGUGGGUUUUUAUUUGAUUGGACUUCACGGUCCUCCCUGUUUUGAUUUGAGCUGAGUGAAGACAAUGAAG